GCGUUGUGUACCAAUUGUCGACACGCAUUCGCAUGAUCUAUUGAUUAGUUGUUCUGUCUGAAUGAUUCUGUGUAGUAGGCCUACUUGUCGUUUAUAUGCAGACUUAAACAUCGAAACUUUGUAGAAUCUAUUCUGAAUAUUAGUAUUAUCCUUUGUCGUCAUAACGUGUUCAGUCAGUGAUGCCAUGUAAUACAUAAACCGAGACCACAAAGAUCAGUCACCAGUGCAGUACUCCAGAAGCUAGUACCAGAGGCUGUACAUCACCACCACUAACUACACCAGUGCAGUACGUCUCCCGUAUCCAGCUUCCGGUUCCGCAGUGCAUGCAGCUAACUGCAGGCAGCAGUGAAAGUUAAUCGAAAUCCACCAGUGAAAUUCCUGAUCAAGCACGAUACAGACCCUGCACAGAGGAUAGGAAAUGCCCACAUAUCACAGGAUGGCAAACGGAGCGGAGUCAACGGAUAUCAAGUACAAAAAGAUGAAAACUCCUACUGGGGAUGGCUAUACUGCUUUGCAGUUCAAGAAGAGCCCUGUUAAGAUCCCAUGGAGAUCCAUCGCCGUAGCAACCGUUCUCUUCCUCCUUGGCACCGCCCUCCUGUGCGUGGGAGCCCUCGUGCUUUCCGGUCACAUCUCCAGCAAGUUCAACGAUCGUCUGUGGCCCAUCAUGAUCCUGGGUAUACUCCUCUUCAUACCCGGUGCCUACCAUGUGCGUCUGGCUUGCUACGCGUACAAGGGCUACAAAGGCUACUCCUUUGAAGAUAUACCGGAUUACGAGGACUGAUGAAAAGCAGUUAUUGUGUUGAAUCACUAUGUGUGCCUCUGCUUCUUGUCAUGUACAUUCAUAAUAUCUCUCUCUAGCCUUGUUUUCACAAUUAAUAUCUGUAUGUUUCUUUGUCAAUUCUACAAUGUACGCCUAUCUACACCAUUGCUGUCAUAUUGCUCCCCCCUGUCUCUCUCUCUUUCCCUCUCUCUCUCUUUCCCCCUC